GUGCAUCUGGGACCGAAGCUUCGCUGGAGGUGGCCCCGGCACGAGAGAGGGAGACACCUGGGACCAAAGUUAGUUCCGCCGCACCUCCGAUUAGCACGGUUGGCUACGUACGGUGCCGAAGAAGUUCAAGCUGCGCCGGUGAGGAUGCGUCCGCUCGCCUGGCUCGCGGUCGCCUGCUGCUGCUGCACGUGGGUGCCGGCCGCCCUCGCCGUCGUCAGGACUCACUUCAUCGCGAUCCGCGAGGUCGACUGGGACUACGCGCCCGCGCGGCGCAACCUCAUCGCCGACGUGAGCGUGGACGACGACGAGCACGCCGGCACGUUCAUGCGACGGGGCCCGCGGCGCGUGGGCACCGUGUACACCAAGGCCGUGUACGAGGAGUACGCGGACGCCGCCUUCUCGCUGGCCCUGCCCAAGGAGCCGUGGCUGGGCUUCCUGGGGCCCGUGCUGCGCGCCGAGGUGGGCGACACCGUCGUCGUCCACCUCAGGAACUUGGCGUCGCGCCCCUACACCAUCCACUCGCACGGCCUGCACUACGACAAGAGCAGCGAGGGAGCCCCCUACCCCGACCACACGGAGCGCCAUCAGCAGGCGGACGACGCGGUGGCUCCGGGUGAGAGCCGCGAGUACACGUGGAGUCUGAAGCCUGAGUACGGCCCCACGGAGGCCGACCCGGCCUGCAUCACGUGGACGUACCACUCGCACGUCGACGCGCCCAGGGACAUCGCCGCGGGGCUCAUCGGCCCGCUGCUCGCUUGCAAGAAAGGCUCUCUGGACGAGCAUGGGAACCCCCAAGACCCGGACCGAGCGUUCUUCCUCCUCUUCUCCGUCAUGGACGAGAACCUGAGCUGGUACCUGCAGAGGAACGUGGAGCGCUUCUGCGAGCAGCCGGCCACUGUGGACGUCAACGACGAGGACUUCGUGGAGAGCAACAAGAUGCACGCCAUCAACGGCUACUUGUACGGCAACGCGCCGCGGCUGGAGCUGUGCGCCGGCGAGCGCGUCUGGUGGCACCUCGUGGCGAUGGGCAACGAGGCGGACGUCCACGCCGCCCACUUCCUGGGCCACACGCUGGAGGAGCGCGGACGCCGCGUCGACACCGUCGCCCUCUUCCCGGCCACGUUCCGAUCGGCGCGCAUGGCCCCGGCGCGCGUGGGCACCUGGCUCAUCAGCUGCCAGGUCAACGACCACGUGCAAGCCGGCAUGAUGAUGCUGUACACGGUGCGCAACUGCGGCUUGAAGCCUCCCGGCCCCGCGCAGGCGCCCGUGAGCGGCGGCGUGACGCGCACGUUCUUCGUGGCGGCGCACGAGGAGGUGUGGGACUACGCGCCGGGCGGGCGCGACCGCAUCUCGGGCACGAAGCUCGACGAGCCGGGGAGCCCCUCGGCCGUGUUCCUAGAGCGGGGGCCGCACCGCGUGGGGAGCCGCUACUGGAAGGCCCGCUACGUGGCCUACGAGGACGACGUGUUCAGUGCCGUGCGCCAGCGCGGCAAGAACGACGAGCACCUCGCUCUGCUCGGCCCCGUGCUGCGCGUGGAGGUGGGGGACGUGCUGCAGGUCCUGUUCUGGAACAACGCGAGCCGCCCGUACAGCAUCCAGCCGCACGGCGUCUCCUACCUCAAGCAGCAUGAGGGCGCCGCGUACAGCGACGGCGUGGCCGGCGGGGAGUCGGUGGCGCCGGGCCGCCGCUUCCUGUACCGCUGGGUGGUGGGCGAGGAGUCUGGCCCGGCGGGGAAUGACCCGGACUGCGUGACGUGGCUCUACUACUCGGCGACGGACAGCGUGCGGGACACCAACUCGGGACUCGUGGGGCCCCUCAUCGUGUGCCGCCCCGGCAAGCUGGGCGCGGACGGCGCGCAGCGUGGCAUCGACCACGAGUUCUCGCUGCUCUUCUCCGUGUUCGACGAGAACCUGAGCUGGUACCUGGAGCGGAACAUCGCCGCUUUCGCGAGCGACCCGGCCGGCGUGAACCGGGACGACGACGACUUCCAGGAGAGCAACAAGAUGCACGCCAUCAAUGGGCGCAUGUACAACACCCUGCAGGGCCUCCGCAUGUGCAAGGCCCAGCAGGUGUCGUGGCACCUGCUGGGCCUGGGCUCCGAGGUCGACGUCCACGCCGUCUACCUGGCGGGGAACACGAUGCGCGCGUCGGGGCGCCGGCGCGACACCAUCAACCUCUUCCCGCACAGCUCGCUCACGGCCACGAUGAGCGCCGACAAGGCCGGUGACUUUGGGGUGGUGUGCAAGACGGCGGACCACCUGUCGGCGGGCAUGAAGCAGCACUACCACGUGUCGCUGUGCGAUGCGCGCGUGCUGCGCCCGCCGCGCCCCACGGCGACGCGCACGCACUACGUGGCGGCCGUGGAGCUCAGCUGGGACUACUCCCCCUCGCGCCACUGGGAGCUCGCGCGGCACAACACCACGCGGCAGCACAGCCACGGAGAGACAUUCCUGAGGGGCGGCACGGACCGCAUUGGCUCUGCCUACAAGAAGGUGGUGUACCGCGAGUUCACGGACGACACGUUCACGCGCGAGAAGCCCCGCGGGGAACGGGAGAAGCACCUUGGCAUUAUGGGCCCCAUGCUGCGCGCGGAGGUGGGCGAGGCGCUGGUGGUCGUCUUCAAGAACAUGGCGAGCCGUCCGUACAACAUGCACGCUCACGGCGUGGACGAGGGCCUGGACAGCUGCAACAUCCCCCCUGUGGCUCCCGGGCGUGUGGAGAAGUACAAGUGGAUGGUUCCCGAGCGAUCGGGCCCAGGAAAGGGAGACCCUGACUGCCUCCUCUGGGCCUACUACUCCAACGUCAACCCCAACAAGGACCUGUACAGCGGCCUCUUCGGAAGCCUGCUCACGUGCCGGCCCGGCGUGCUGUCGGGCGGCGGCGGCGGCGGCGCCGCGCGGCCCCGCGGGGUGGAGCGAGAGUUUGCGCUGCUCUGGAUGGUGUUCGACGAGAACGAGUCGUGGUACCUGGAGGAGAACGUGCAGCGCUGCUGCGGCGGGGCGGGCGUCAUCACCUCCGACGAGGACUUCAAGGAGAGCAACAAGAUGCACUCCAUCAACGGCUACGUGUACGGCAACCUGCCGGGGCUGACGAUGCGCGAGGGUGAGCACGUGGCCUGGUACCUCCUGGGCAUGGGCAACGAGGUGGACAUCCACACGGUGCACUUCCACGGCCACCCCUUCACCGUGCAGGUGGGGGGCGGAACCCACCGAGCCGACGUCAUGGACCUGUUCCCGGCCACGUUCGAGACGGCGCACAUGAGGCCCGGCAACCCGGGCACGUGGCUCAUGCACUGCCACGUGACGGACCACAUCCAGGCCGGCAUGGAGGCCACCUACACCGUCCUGCCGCGCGGCACCGCCCCCAAGUCCAAGGCGGGGAUCAAGCAGCGCCGCUGAGGUGGCGGUGGUUUCCAGAUUCCCCCCCCCCAUCCACCGCUGGUAGAAUUGUGAUGAUUUGGAGUCACGGUUUGAAUCGUGGAUCGCCACCACCGGUGCCGAGCAAGGGCCACUGGGAGCUGGCGGGUGCAGCAGCAGCAGCGAAGUCUCCCCGAACUCCACCACCCCCAGCAAUAGAAUUGUGAUGCUUUACUUCAAGGGGUAGCGAUUUAAACCAGGACCAGAAUGGCCUUAAGUGUUGGCGAACUAAUUUAACAUUUUCAUAAAAAUAAUUAAAAAUUACAAGAACAAAUGACAGCCAUUAUGGUACCCUCAACUUGUCAAACCAACGAAAGAAAUCGGCCAUCUUUGUUGGCUUUGGCUCGACGCACUCUUGAGCUAUGAGCGACAGUGUGCCACGAGGUUGUAACGUUAUCGCUCGGACACGCGAUGCUGUCCGCAGCACGCCGUGCUCUGCCGUCGUACAAAUGCCCAUACUGCCUUGCCCACCUGUGAUGUCGCGUUGCCAGACAUUGCCUCUACUACCACUACGCAAACCUGGACUGAUCUACCAUUAAUUUUACAUUUUCCCUCUAACAACAACCGUGCCUUUUGUUAACGUAACGUGCACAACUCAAAUACAUGAGACUGAAACAAGCCCAAAGGUUAUUUUGUCUAAUCUCAAACUUUAUUUUUCAAAAACUGUAAAACGAGAAACACUACAGUACAUCAUUAUUUUGAAAGAUUAAAACAUUGCAAACUCCAGUGCGCAUACACUACCGUCACAGCGUGCUGCAUUACACAAUCCUCUCUGGGCACGUCCAAGGACUUUGGUUGUAAAGCCAUUUCUGAGGCAGCGCGCACUCUCCAAAUGAACGGCUGCACAGUCGUGCCCUCGGUACUGGGUGCAGCUAACACCGUGUCCCGCUUAAGGCAGCGGCGCUUUCGUGGGGACAAUCAAAUUUCAAGGAGAAUUUUGUUAAGUUGCACUUGCCAAGCUCAAACGCCGAACAGCACGCAAAGCGACGCUGUGUCUCUCUCUCUCUCUCGCUGUUAGUGACGCUGCCUUUGGCAACUGGUGCACAAGCACGGAUAACGAAAACAAAAGCUCAACAUUCGUCAAUAGCAGUGUGGCCUUCAUUUAGACUGCUGGAAGAAUCUGAUGAGCUGUGAAGCUCUUUAACAGACGUCCAUUAAUGGCCCUUUGCAGCGCAUAGGCCAGAGAGUGGAGUUGGAGACAACGCGACAUAGACGUGCGCUGUCAAAGGGACCCAUUGCACAACACGUCGCCUGUUGUCUACGUUGUCUAUUUAGGGCCACCACCGUCACUGACGAACGGACCGAGGUUUGCUUCGUCGCCCACGCUGCACGGGGGGCGGGGGCAGUGCAGUCCCAGUGGCGUCGGGUUCUGUGCAUUCCAGAAUUGUCUCGUAGCUUUCCUCCUGUGAUUUCAAAUGCCGUUUUUGUCUACCUCCCUUUUGUCUUGCUUCUAUUGUGUUGCAUGUAAUGUAAGCAAUAGAAAUAUAGAAGUCGUCUUGGUAAUAACGGGGGUUUUGUUAAAAACGAAUGGACAAAAUGAAUUAGCCCAGUAUUCCGAGGACGCGCGCUGUACUCAAUUACUAACGCUUUACAACGAUCGGCGAGAAAACAAACACCCAUGAAAUGUAUGGGGGUAAAGAGGUGAAUUACAAGGCUUGUAGUCGCACCGAUUAGUGUUGUCAUGCCCUUGCAGUGUUCGCUCCAUGGCAAUAAAAAACAGAGGUGUGCAACAAUUCACUGCGCCCAGCCAUGCGUUGAAUCGUGGAUUUUGGGGCGACAUUUCAAAAUGUAUAGAAUAUUCAACGUUAUUAUUUUCGUCUCGGCUUGUAUCUUUUAAUUUACACUUUUCGUUCUCUGAUUCUGUAGAGAAGUUUCAGACCCCUUGUGUAAAUAAGAUUAGUAAGUAAUUUUUGAACAUCAAACACAAUUAUUUUAACGAUGGCCACCCCACUUCUGCGCUGCUCGUGGGUGUUGUUUACCAUGCCUGGUGAAGUGGGGGAGCAUGGACGUUGGAGCAUAGUACAGUACAACGGAUUUGGUGGCAGGGACCCCUCUGCUGCCCACAACAUAGCCCCCCCCCCCAGCAGGCUGCAGCAGCUGUUGUAAAGAGGAGUGGUUGUAAAGAGGAGUGGUUGUAAAGAGGAGUGGUUGUAAAGAGGAGUGGUUGUAAAGAGGAGUGGGUUGUAUAGAGGAGUGGUUGAAUAGAGAAGUGGUUGAAUAGAGGAGUGGUGGUCACCCAUUCAAAGGCUCUCCAGGCUCGGCCGUGCUUCGUUUCCGAGAUCCGGCGAGAUUGGGCGCAUUCUCGGUGACUUGUGUUCGUAGGCCGAAUACGCUGCUUAUGUUUAGGAUAAAUGGGGAAACCCAAUUCACACUAUGUACGAGGAGUCACAUUUAAAAUUGUCGAUAUAAUUAAUGCAUUGUUGCAUACCCAACAGCACCUAUAGUGUCGUGAGAGUUCAGAGACGGACUGAUAUUUUUAAAUACUUUGGUGAAAAGGCAAGUGUAGGCAGCACCACAGUCGGCAAAAUGGCAGUUGAUUGACUACGAGUGUCUACUCAGAAGUGAUUGAGUCAAACAAGUCUAAAGCUUAGCUUAUGUACUUAAAAACUCAUGACAAAGUAAACUAUGCCAACGCAGCAGACAUACUUAACACACAGGCUUUCGCGACCAAUAUUAUCAAUAAGAGGGUUUUUUAGGGUUGGAACAGCACACUGGUGUGCUGGAGAGUAAAUCCACAUUUUAAAUUUGCUCUCUAACACACCAGUGUGCUGUAGUGGUAGUAAAUUGGCUGUGUGGCGUAGUGGUGGGUUUAACGUGAUUUAUAUUUACGCGAUCUAA